CACCCACCUGCUGUUUGUAAAUAAGCAAUACAAAAGCCCGCUCAAUCUCAUCAAUAGCCAAAAAACACGUUAUUUCAAGUAAACAUUUUUUACCUGUUUGCCACAUUCUAUUCAUCUCUUACUCUUCCCAACUUCAGCGCAAAAUUAGCUUUCAAUCUCUUCCAGACCCCCCGCCCAAAAGAGAGAAAAAAAAAAAAGGUCUCUUUGCCUUUUCUGAUGAAUUUCUCGAUUGAUGAUCAUUAGCAGAAGAUAUGGGAUUCUAGAGCUUCGGAGGAUUCUUGGGAUAUUUAUAUGAUAAUAGGUCAUAAAUUUUCAGUCCACCCCAGUUUCUUGGUACUUUUUCCGUUUGGUUUGUAAGAAUAAGGUAGGUGUUAAAACUUAUAGCUUUUUAGGGUUUUUUUCCUGGUUGAUCUAAGAGAGAAACUUGGUUUGAUUGACCGCAACGAAUUGAAUCAGGUCUGUGAGGUUGGGUUUCUGUUUUAUUGAAUAUUCCAGCAAUAGAUAAACAAUGGAACUUUAAGCUUGUUUUUCCUGCAAGGAAACGAUAAAUUGGGUGUUUGGAUUUCGGCGUAGAUGGAUGAUUCGGGUUUGGAAUGCGGAUUUUUAUCAGGUCCGAAUGGAGGGUUGUUUGAUCUUGAGUCACCCAUUCAGAGAGAGCAGCGGCCACAGAAUCAUAUGGUCAUGAUGACUGACCUCGGAAACGAGCACCGCUCCACUGGAUUAACGGAAGCAAAAGGCUCAAGCCAGAAAGGUUUUCCGAUGAAUUUUGGUAAAGGGAAGGGAAUUAGUCCGGUGAUAGCUAUAACUGAUGGAAGCAUGAGUGACGAAGAUGAACCAAGUUACAACGAAGAUGGAAAUCGUGAGAAGUGCAAAGGCAAGAAUGGAUGGCCAUGGAAGAGAAUGAAAUGGAAGGACAAUGUGGUUAGGCUUCUAAUAGCUGUGGUUUCUUGUGUGGGAGAUGAAGAAGGUGUGGAGGGGCUUAAGCGAAAAUCCAGGAUUCUGCAAAAGAAGGAAAAGUGGAAAACGGUAUCCAAGAUUAUGAUUAGUAAAGGUUGUCAUGUUUCACCUCAACAGUGUGAGGAUAAAUUCAAUGACUUGAACAAGAGAUAUAAGAAAUUGAAUGAUAUUCUUGGGAGAGGAACUAGUUGUAGAGUGGUGGAGAACCAUUCUCUAAUGGACUCUAUGCCUCACCUCUCCCAAAAGGCGAAGGAUGAUGUAAAGAAAAUAUUGAACUCUAAACAUUUAUUUUACCAGGAAAUGUGUGCUUACCAUAAUGGACAGAGUAUACCCAAUUGUCAGGAUCUUGAUCUGCAGGGAUGUAUACCUUCUGAGAGAUGCUUAGACAAUAACGGGUCCGAUGAGGAAGAAGCUGACAGUGAGGAUGAUGAUGAUAAUGAUGUCGACGACGAUGACGACGAUUAUGCUGUUUGUGAGGAGGAAAGGAUGGGUGAGGUGAAGGAGAGGAAGAAAGCAAGUGCAGAGUGUGGUGGGCAGGAUGGUUUCAAGUUUCAAGAGGGAACAAGGUCAUCAAUGGUGGGAAAGGAUCGGAUAAAGAGACAGAUGGUGCAACUUCAGGAGGAAAGAGUGAAGUUGCAGACAGAAGCUUUUGAGCUGGAAAAACAACGGUUUAAGUGGGUGCAGUACUGCAGCAAGAAAGACAGAGAACUGGAAAGGUUAAGGUUGGAGAAGGAAAGGAGGAGGAUGGAGAAUGAGCAGAGUAUAUUGCAACUGAGGCGAAAAGUAGUGGAAGUAGGUUCACUUGGCAUUGAUAGACAGAGUCAGAUUGAUAUGUGCAGCCAUUAAUAGUUCUCCUAUCACACUUAAAAGUCAGACUUGCUCUUUUUCCAUAUAUGUAAAGUAGCAUGUUAAUCUGGAGAGGUAAUGCACGUUGAGCUGAAUUUAUCAAAAAUUUAUUUUUCGCCUUUCCUUUCACUAA